CAAGCGGCCAGGCGUUCUUUCCCCGGCACCGAGUGCAGUGUGGGCAAUUUUCGGUGUGCCAGCCAUGGCCAUAGCAUGCGGACUUGCGGCCUAGCGCCGGCUGCUGCAUGUGGUGGCCUGCUGUGCUCCUGUGGCUGACUGGGGCCCAAGAGGAUGUCUUCCGCGUGAGCCCUCUGGGCCAAAAUCUGCGGGAGGCCGCGCUAGCCAAAGAGCUGCUGCUGUGGGCCAAUGCCUCGGAGCCGUGGCGGGGCAAACGGGUCGUGGCCACCAUGACCUCCACCCCGAGGCGCAUCCACCUCAUUGAGCCUGCGUUGGACAGCUUGCUGCAGCAAACCUGGCCUUUGGACGCUGUCUACCUCUUUGUGCCGGAGGUCUUUCUGCGUGACAACACCACCUACCAGAUCCCCGGUUGGUUGCUGCGGAAGCGCGCCCCGAAUUUGCUGCUUCGGAGAUGCCGCGACUGGGGCCCCGCAACCCACAUGCUCGAAGUCUUGAAGGUGGAGCGUGAUCCAGAGACCUACAUCCUGCAGGUGGACGACGACCAGCGCUAUGGGCCCACGCUGCUGGCCUCGCUGCUGCGCGCGGCCGGGCCUUUGCCUGGCCGCGCCCUGGGCGCGGGCACGCAGCAUGCCCCCACCCACCUGGGCCUGGGUGGUGUGGUGCUGGAAGGUGUCCAUGGGGCGCUUUUCCGCCGGAAGUUCUUCGAUGACAGCGUCUUCGACUUCACCGGCUUUGCUCCGCACUGCCAGUUGCAUGACGACCUUUGGCUGUCAGCUCACCUGGCGCGAAAGGCGAUCUCCCGGGAGGUGCUGGGGGCGCGCUUCGGCAGCAAGGCUUUGAGCUUCGGCUUCGGACCCGAUGCACUCUACAUGGGAGGAGCCGGCAGCGACAACACGAAGAACUUUUUCUUGUGCUCCGCAUCGCUGCUCAAGGCCUUCCCGCAGCUUUGGGCGCAGGAGACACGCGUGGUGGUGGUGGCUCCCCUGGACCGCGGCUGGCGGGCGUUUUCGCGCCUGGCGGGCCUGGUGAAUGCGGUGUACCUCCUGGGGCAGGUUCCAAAAAAGCUUCCUGUGGACAGCUUGCGCGUGUCAGGAGGCGCGCGCUUGGUGCUCGGCGCGUGGAACCAGCCCCUGGAGCUUCUUCUGCAGCGCUGUGGCAACUGCAAUGCUGCGGAGGCGUUCGACACGGUGCUACGCUUUGAGGAGGAUCCAGCUACUGCCAUCAUCCAUCUCAGCGCUGUGCCCAGGAAGGGCCUUCGUUCCCUGGUGCGGCGACUGCUGCGCUGUACGAAGGUCCGGAGCCGGAAACUGUGCCGCGCCGAGGAUGGGGUGGUCUUUCGGAGGCAUGCUGCCUACGACACCGACCGCAUUCAAGGCGCGAUUUUUAUGCCCAAGGUGAGCGAGGACUUUUAUGCUCACCACAGAGGCCUCUUGUGGCGGGACAGCAGCGGCUCCUGGCGCACCAGCGAAUCCCAAGGGCACCACCUGGCAAGGCUGCGACAGCACAGCCAACAGGACACGGUGGUGCGAGCUUGGCUGGCACAGUCCGUGGCCACGCAUCGACGGGUGGUGGCCCUGCUGCCCUGGGGCUUAUGGCGGCUGGCCAGGGCUUCUCGGCUGCGCGGGGCGUGGCGCAGCUACGUGCCCGUGAAGGUGAGGAGAAAGAUGACGCGCUGCCUGCCGGCAGCUGCGGGUUCCAGAUUCAGGCUGCGAGUGAUGUGCCUUCAGAGGGGCCUGCCACUGCUGGAGCUGCUGCUGCUGGAGCAAUGGCCAAAGACGCUCAUUUUCCUGGCAGGUCACCGUGGGGCAACGCUGGAAACCAUGCUGCAGGCUGUGGACUUGUGGAGUGGAGUGGUCAUUGCAGGCCAUGCGCUGUCAUAUGGCGCGCAUGCAGGGCCCAUCCCAGACACAUCCUACGGUGCGCUGUACCGCCGAAGCUACCUGGAUGGGCGCAUGGUAGACGACUUGGAAGAUGCCUGCGCAAGGCAUUUCGACCUGGUGCUGGCGGCCCACCUGGCGCUGAAGGCGGUGCCCACGGAGGUCUUGGGGAUAGAGGGCGCCACUGCGGAGCCCAAGCCCGGCGCCGCGGAGUGCUGGGCGAUGUUGGUGCAGCGUCAUCCAAGCCUUUGGGCCUCCGUGGUGCCAACCAGGACCGUGCUGCAUGUGACGCUGCUCAACGGCACCGAUCCGUUCUUACUGGACUUGACCAUUCGUUAUGCAAUGAUGCAAUCGCAGAAGCCCGACGAGGUUGUGCUUCUGACCACGGGGCAGCCCAUCUUGGAGGACCGCUCCGAUGUCCCGGAGCGAAAGGGGCAUGUGGAGCUGCACCUCUUUGAGAAGUCUCUGGGCGGCGUGCUGGUGAGCAGAGGUGAGACGCUGCAAAUGCUCCCGCACGACUUCCUCGCAUCAAUUCGGGACAAGGCUGGCAUAGUGGUGCGCGGAACCCGGAGCACAGUUCUGUCGGUGAUGAGCUGCGAGGGCUCCACCUGCGCUCCACGACCUCUGCUUGGCCAAAGCUUCGAGCGCGAGUUGGAGCCGAACACCGUGUUGGUGUUCUGCUCUGCGGAGCGCGUGGCCAAUGAGAGGCUACUGGAGGAGAACUUCCAGUGUUUGGACAGUUGCCGACCCCAUUGCUCCCAGCAGAACUGGUGCGGUCAGCCCAAGAUCCGGGAGGAUGGGGCGGUCUAUGACCUCACCCUUCGCCGCUCAGCGGGCUACAUUGACCAGCAUGCCAGGUAGUUUUAUGGCCGAGGCGCAA